GGCGCAGUGCAGCCCCGGCUCAUCGCAGCGGCAGCCCUGUUCAUUGUAAUGAGGCGAGGCGUUCCCCACGGUACCUGCCUGCCUGCCAGUACUAACGCGAAGGUUGCGCGACAGAUUUGCGGCGAGGAGCUGAAAUAAAAACACCUGGGAGACGUUCAAUGUCCGUCCUUCAAACCGACAAGAUGCGCACUUGGAUUUAAAAAUUUCCCUUUUCACUCUUUUUUUGGCCAUUGGUUUUCCUAUUCACCGAUAAAGGAGCAGACGCUGUAUUGUGCUCCAGUUGCUGAGCAGAUAUCCCUUAACCUUGUCCCUCAUGAAAAUGGAUCUGGGAGUGGCAGUGUCUUGAUAAGUAGCAUCUUUGGAACCCUUCAUCAACUGAAUUCAUUGUUAAACAGAAAGAACUCAAGCCUUCUUGAAAAAUUCUCUGGAAGAUGGACCAAUAUGCACUACUCAAGAUCUUCUUUAUCUUUGUUUUUGAAACAAUGAGUUAUGCUUUAAAACCUGCAAUAGAGUUGGAUGUCACACCCAGGACUACAGUGCUGUAUAGUGGACUGAUUGGUGCCCAGAGAUACAGAAGCUCUGCUGUUAACUACAGUGUACUUUUACUGGAAGAUAAAGCAGGCAUCCUAUAUGUUGGAGCCAGAGGGGCUGUUUUUGCACUCAACACCAGCAAUAUUGCCAAUGGCAAAGACAGAAUGAUUUAUUGGGAAGCAUCCAUGAACAACAAAACAGCUUGUAGUAAGAAAGGAAAAGAUAAUAAAACGGAGUGCUUCAAUCACAUCCGAUUUCUGCAGAGGUUCAAUGAAACUCAUUUGUACAUCUGUGGGACCUAUGCCUUUCACCCUCUCUGCACAUACAUAGACAAGAAAGAGUUUCGCCUCUCUUCUCAGUUUGAGGAAGGGAAGGAGAAGUGUCCCUAUGACCCAACCAUUGGAUAUACAGGACUCUUUGUUGAUGGGGAAAUGUAUACUGCAACACAAUAUGAUUUUCAUAAUGUUCCUGAUAUUAGAAGAAAUUUUCCUUCUCCUGUGCUGAAGACUGAGACGAUUCCAACACGCUGGUUGUAUGAGGCAGAUUUUGUGGGCUCUGCCUUGGUAAGAGAAAGUAUCAACAGCUCUAUUGGAGAUGAUGAUAAAAUUUACUUUUUUUUCACGGAGAAGAGUAAUGAAGAAAAUUCUUUCUUCAAACAACUUAAAGUGGCACGUGUAGCACGUAUUUGUAAGGGUGACUGGGGUGGUCGGCGUACCUUACAGACAAAGUGGACAUCUUUUCUUAAAGCACGACUAGUCUGUUCUAUUCCAGACUAUGAUUUUCAUUUCAACAUUUUGCGCAGCAUUUACAAAUUAGAGGAUGGUGGUGACUGGCAAAACAUCAUAUUCUAUGGAGUAUUUGGAUCACAGUGGAAAAAUGUAAAAGCUUCUGCAGUUUGUCAAUAUUCAAUUAAAGAUAUCCAGAAAGUAUUUAAUGGUCCUUAUGUGGAGAAUCAGGACACCAGUCUGAAGUGGAAUGAGCACACGGGUGAAGUUCCCCAGCCACGACCUGGUGCGUGUAUAACAGAUGAGUUCAGAGAGAAAGGUUAUAACACAUCAACGGACCUGCCAGACAAUGUUCUUAAUUUUGUCAGGAGACAUCCCCUGAUGUUUCAGCAAGUAAGACCAAUGGAAAAUCGGCCACUUCUUUUCAAGAGAAAUGUGGACUACACCAGAAUAGCAGUACAAAGAGUAACAGCUUUGGAUAAGCAGACCUACAAUGUGCUUUUUAUUGGAACUGAUGAUGGAUGGCUGCAUAAGGCAGUAGAAAUUGGUUCCCAGAUGCAUAUCAUUGAGGAAAUGCAGUUGUUUGAAGAGCCACAGCCAGUUGAAAACAUAGUAAUCUCAAAAGCACAGAGAUCUUUGUACGUUGGUUCCCAGAGCAGUGUGUUACAGCUUCCUUUUUCAGCUUGUCAGCGCUAUACUUCAUGUUUUGAAUGCAUUUUUGCAAGAGAUCCAUACUGUGGCUGGAAUGAAGGAAUCUGUGUUGAUAUCACAAUUGGUGUAAACAGAGUCGGAUCAACACAGGAUGUUCAAAAUGGAAAAUUAGGAUGCCAGAAUAGUACAGCUCAAGACAACAUAAUCCACAAGAAGCGAACUGUGUUGAAAGGUGAUGAUGUCCUCCUGCAGUGUGAGCUCAGCUCCAAUCUAGCCACACCCAGAUGGAAAUUCAGAGGUCAAGAUAUUCCAAGCUACGGCAAGGAUGGAUAUCGUAUCGGUACAGAUGGCCUGCUUAUUGUUGAGUCAAGGGUUGAGCACACUGGAAACUAUAGUUGUUAUGCCAUGGAGAAUAACAUGUUGUUCUUGGUAGCCACCUACACUGUUCAAGUACUCAGUGAAUUUCUACCAGAAACUGUGAAGCCAACAAUUUCCCCAACGCAAAAUGAGUCUACCACUCAGACCCUACCAGCAGAUCCUCCAGAACCAGAGUAUCAGACCUUCAGAACUAUGGAGGCUAUGUACAUAUCUCUUAUCACUGUACUGGCUGGCUUAUGCUUUGUCUUAACAGUGGUUUUAUUAUAUCUAGCUUUCUGCAGUCAGCCUCACCAGAGAAAACACAUGGUUCAAGGAUCAGGAAGAAAUAAGAGAAGAGGAGGCUCUCUUGUUGAACUACAAACUAUUUCUAGCAACUGUAGUAACAAGCAAGAUGGACACAUAUCUGAUGGCUUUUUACAGAUUGUCCCAGGAGAAGGUCAGGUACUACCUAACAAAGACCCCCCUCCACCUCCACCUCUACCACCUCCACCUCCUUCUUCAGAAUUUGCAAAUGGGUUGUCAGCCACUCUACCAAGUGUUCUUCGCAAAAUGAAUGGCAACAGCUAUGUCCUUCUCCGGCAAAGUGAACCUGAGUCAACAUCACCUCACUAUUAUCCUUUUACUGAGGAGCUUAACAAAAUGUUAGAGAAAAGGAAGCACUUAAAUCUGUUACAAAAACCAGAUGAAAGUUCUGUUUAACUCAUUCUCAUUCAUAUCGUUGCAUGCUCUUCAAGUGCCUAAGAUCUUUAUUAGCUGCCCUCAUAUGAACGUUUUACAAAUCAUUUGAAAAUGUCAUAGGCAUAGCAGCUGCAGCCAGCCAAAGAAUGUUUUGGUGGAAAGAAAUUAAAACAAAACAAAACAAAAAACAACUUUCAUAGUGUUGUGGAAAUUUCAAGGAGGCACAGAUAAUACUGGAAAUAUGAAGCUGUUUCAUUCAAUUAUAUUUGUAAUGGAAUGCAAAUCUACCUCGAAUAGUAGGGAAAAGAUAACUGUGUCUCAUUUGCUUCUGAUGAGUUUGUGUAUUUUCAGUACAUGAUCCUGUGAACAAAAGCUUUAUUUAGCUUACAGAAACUAAAGGGAAAAGACUUACUUGGUAGUUGACUUUUGAAUGUUUGUCACAACAUCAGAUAGGACGUUGGGUACAUCUAAUCCUUUUUUAUGUGAAUUCAGAAAACUAUGAACAUUGAAUAGAUUGACAUCUUGUAAAUAUAUAUUUUUGUACUUCAUAAAUUUAUUCUGAUAUAUCUUUACUAAAUGUUAACAGAAGACAGUAAGAUUUUUAUGGUGAUAAAUAAUAGUCCAUGACAUAAAUAAUGUAUAGUAUACUAGAAAUUUCUAUUUCUUUAAACCCUCAGAAAUAGUUUGAGGACUUCAAAAAUAUUAUAACUAUAUCUUAAAAUCCCAACUCAAUUUAAAAAAUACUGGCUUAUUAUUAAACACAUCAUAUUCCUGGCUUCCGAUAAAUUAUCAUUAUAUUACUUACAGUGUUGUAAGCAUUGCAUGAAACGGAACACAGAAUGAGCCAAGAACAAAUGCAUAUUUAUUUGCAGUAGGUUCUCCUUCCACAGUCAUGUGCAGAGUUUGUCCAGUAACUUUGAUAGACCUUUAUCAUAUUUUGCCUCAUAUGAGACAUGCAAGUAAGACAUGAGUCUAGGAUUUCCUAGGUAUCAAAUUUUAAGCAAUUGUCUUAAAAUAUCAAGGAUGUUUAAAGUUUUUUGUCAGUAUUAACUUUAUAUCACUGCCACAAGGAAGGCAUCAGUUAAAAACAUUUUUUUACUUGAUGACUGGGGAAGUUUAUUCUGGGACCAAAAGAAAAUAACUCAUGAAAUUCAUGGAAAAUUAAUGGGUGAAGAAAACCACGGUACUGUAUCAGAUCACUGCACUGGUCAUUCCAUCGAUCAAGUGAACAGGUAAGUUGUUUGUUGCAUUUAUGGCUUGUUUAGUUCAAUUUCCCUUGUAAUAUCAACCCUCGCCAGAACUACUGGUGAGACUCAGAUGACAAUGCAUCUUUGCUACCUGCAAAAAAUUUUUGAUAGUUUAUUUAUCUUAAGUACACACACUGCAGCUGCAGACUUCACUAUUAUUUAAAUAGGUAGUCAAUGUAUUAAAUAACUGCCAUCAACAAACUAAUAAUAAGACAGAUUUGUUUCUCCUAUGUAAUUUGAUCAGAUUUCUCAAGGAAAAGAAGAAUUUUAUUUAGAGCAGCCAUCCUUAUGUAUUUCUAAGCUAUGUAAUGUUAAAAUGGGCAACAACAUGACAAUGCAGCAAUCAGCACAGCUAUCUCACAGGUUGAAGGACCAGUGUGAGGCAUACUGCAUAAUACCUCUGUAUGCUUAGUUUGUUCACAUGGGAUAAUCUGGUUUCCCAAAGAUGUGUAUAUUAUGUGGAUGAAUAUACCCCUUGUUGAAGUGUUGUCCUAUCCAGGGAUGUAUCCUGCCAGUAAAAGUUCCAGCUCCCUAUGAUUUUUCAUUGGAAAAAGCUGGUUUAGAAAAAUAUAUAAAUGGAAUGUGUUAAUGAAAACUGAGGAAUUAUAGUACAGAUAACUUUUGUAUCGCUCCAUUGUUACUGCCUGUUACACUUUGUAUGGAACACAUUAAUUAAUACAGGUUGCAUUUUUUUUUUAUUUCUUAAAAUGUAAUGAAUAAAUACUACAUAAUCAGCCCCACUCUUGCUUUGAUUAGGUACAGUGAAUUCAUCUGCUAGGAACUUCAUGAUGAAUCAGUUGAUAUUGACAAUCACUCUAAAUAAAACUGCUAAAAAAAAUUAAGGGAGCACUUAAAUCACAUAUCUCGGUGAGUGAAAUAUUCAAGUGAAAAAUCUUUACUGAGUAAUACUGUGUAAUUUGUUGAGAACAAAAUGAUGCAACUGAAAAUCAAAUUCAAAAAUUGAAAUCACAGGCUGAUCCAACUUGUAUGAAUUUCAUCACGACAACUCAUAAUGUGACACAGUAGUAUGUAUGACCCAUAUGUGCCUGUAUGCACCACCAACAAUUUCGUGGCAUGCUCCUGAUGAGACGGCAAAUGGUGUCCUGGGGAAUCUCCUCCCAGACCUGGACCAGGGCAUCAGUGAACUACUCGCUACUUGGUGAUGUUGAAUGUACUGGUAUAUAAUGUCCCAGAGGUUCUCAACUGGAUACAGGUCUGGGGAGUGUGUGGGCCAGUCAAUGGCAUCAGUGCCUUUGUCAUCCAAGAACUGCCUAUACACUCUGGCCACAUGAGUCCAGGCAUUGUCCUACACCAGGAGGAACCCAAGGCACCCUGCACCAGCGUAAAGUCUGACAGUGGCUUCAUCCCAGUACCUAACAGCAGUCAGGGUACCAUUGUGUAGCAUUUGGAGUUCUGUGCUACUCUCCAAGGAUAUGCCUUCUCAGACCAUCACUGACCCACCGCCAAACCGGUCAUACUGGAUGAUGUUGUAGGCUGUAUAACAUUCACCAUGGCAUAUCCAGACUCUCAUCUCUCAUGCAAACCUUCUCUCAUCUGUGAAGAGAACAGGGCAGCAAUGGCAGAACUGCCAAUUUUGGUAUUCUCUGGCGAGUGAUGAACUGUGAGCACAGGUCCCACUAGAGGAUAUCAGCCCUCAUGCCACCCUCAUGGACUCUGUUUCUAACAGUUUGGUCAAAAAUAUGCACACCAGUAGCCAGCUGGAGAUUAUUUUGUAGGGCUCUGGCAGUGCUCCUUAUUUUUUUUCCUCACACAAAGGAGCAAAUGGGCCUGCUGCUGGGUUUGAUGCUCUUCUACAGCCCUGUCCAGCUCUCCUCAUGUACCGGCCGAUCUUCUGGUAUCUCCUCCAUGUUCUUGAGACUGUGCUGGGAGACAUAGCACAGCUUCUUGCAAUGGCACAUAUGAAUGUGCCAUCCUGGAGGAGGUGGGCUACCUGUGCAACCUGACUCAGCUGCAGGUACAGCCUCGUGCUACCAGUAGUGACAAGAACACUAGUAAAACACAAAACUAGAGAGGAAUCAGUCAAGAAGGAUAAGGAGAGAGCAAUUGUCUAUGGUCACCUCCUGCUAAACCAUUCCCUUUUUGGGGAGUUGUUGCAUUGUUGCCUUUUCUGUGUACAUGUUGUACUUUAAUUUGUAUCAAAGCAGGUGAAGUUGAUUCACAAUUCCUUAUGCUUCCAAACUGGACAGAUUGAUAUCCCUGAAGCUUAAUUGACUUGGUGUUAGACUGUGAUGAUUAAGUGUUCCCUUAAUUUUUUUGACUAGUGUAUAAUCAUGGGUUUUCUUUAUGUAUUUUCUAAAUGGAUGAUUACUGUUUGUGAAAUAAAUAACUAAUGUACAGUAUUUCAGUUGCAAAAUACAUUUAAGUAUUUAAGUAUUAACAAUAUAUAGAACCUUGCAUAUGUUAAGUUUAACACUCAAGAUCACUGUGAAAAUGAUAUUCUGAAUAUAUCACAAUUUUGAAUUUUAAACUGUUUAUGAAGGGGCUUUUAAUUGUUGGUAUAUUGCUGUGCCCUCACACCACAAAGCAUCUCAGCUUUUAGUUUCGCAUUGUGGUCAACUGCCAGUGGUCUGUCAUAAACUCACAACAAGUGGCUCAGAAAUGUUCUCCUGGCUUGCUGGUGAUAAUCGGCUAAGCUCUCUUUCUCUCGGCCCGACCUUUCUAGCUCAACAAUGCCACUGCAGUAGGUUUUUGAGAAUCCAAAAGUAUAUUUGCCUACAAGUACUCACUUUAUUAUUACAUAUUAUACUAAUAUAGCAUAACAUUCUUCUUCCCAGUUAAUUUAGUUUAGAGUCAUAGAGGUGGCAGUGGUAUAGCAUAUCCUGGCAGCAUUUUGUGUAUGUUAGGAAUCAUGACUUUUGUCAUUUGUAUUGGAAUUACAUAUAGUGGUUCAAGAACAAUAUUAUAAUUCAACUGUGACUUGCACAUCUAAACAAUGUGACUUAAAAGCAAGGCACAACUAAUUAAUUACACUAUUGUCCCAUUUUAAUAUGUUUAAUACGGUCACUAAUCCAUUAUGUUAAACAUUGUAUACAAUACAACUUUAUAGUCCCCAAAGCUAUUUUAAUGUAAAAUAUCAAAGAUGGGAUAAAAACUGAAGAAUUUCAUGCAGUUUAGCUAACUUUGGUUUGGCAGCUUUUUCAAAAUAUUAUUGUCUGUAUAUGCAUUAAAAUUUAGAAUAGAUAGCACUUUAUUUGUCCUCAAGAGGGAAAUUUGGCUUUUAUAGAAGUUCAAUAAAUACUGUAUAUUAUGAUAAAUCACAAAUCCCCCCUUCUCAAAUGCACACCAGAAUGAUUACAAAGAAAGAAUAACUCAAAAGAAAUGUAUUACUUAGCUAAAGUCAGUCAUUUCAACAAAGAAAUUUUUUUUAUUUAUUCUAUAUAUUCAUAAACAGUAUUUUUAAACUUACUUCAGACAAUUAAACAACAAAAAUGAAAAGUUCUGGAAAAGUUUCAAACAAAAUAUAGCACUAAAAUACCAACCGUUAAGAAACAAAAGCUUUGUAUGCCUGUUAUCUAAGUAGUUUUUGACAACCCUUGUUGACUUGAACACUGGAUAACUAAAUGAAUGAUGAAUGAGAUAUGUUUUGAGUUGGUUUAGGCAAGUGCCCUCAUGAGACAGGAAUAUACUCUGCCCUGUCCUCACCCUCCAAGUGUCUAGGGUAUUAGUAGCAGUGCUGAAGGUUGGAACGUGGAUGCAGAGAACAAAAAAAAAAAAACAAAUAAUCAAGACUAUAUAUAGAUAUAGUUUUUGUUAAGUAUAAUUUUUUCAGUUGCACAAAUUAUGUCUUUGUUAGAAUCUUUUAUUUUAUUCUAUUUCCAUCUCUGUUCAUCAGAUAAACAAAUCUGGUGAAAAGUUUUUUAUUUUUAAUUUUCUUUUCAAUUUCCUAAUUAACCUAUCUGCUGUUUCAUAAUACCCUCAUUUUACCACUUCAGGGACUGCUUUCAUCCAUUGCAGUUGACUAAUUAAUUAGCUGCAGUCUUUAAAAUGCUCUUGACCUUGUUUUGACUGAAUAAAGUGGCCAAGGGAAUUAAUUCUCAAGUUGACUUCAAGACUCAUAAUACAUUUGCCAAAUUGCCCAAGAAGAUUUUAAUAUACGAUUGAAAUAUUUGCAUUUAUAUUUUCAGGAACAAGCAAACUGCUUACUUACUCAUAGAAUCUCACUGUAUUUCUUUACUUGCAGGGUUCACAAAACCAACUUUCCAGUUGUAAAAAUGCUCACCAGAGAGAAGACAUGGGUUACUGCACUGUUACACUACUAGACAUCAGUCUGAGUUUGAUUUGGGAAACAAAGAAAAAAACUGAAAUUGGUGAAACUUGUCUGUCUGAAUAAUGUGAAGUUGUAUUUUGUGAUGCCAAGUACGGAAUUUUCAAGAGUUUAAGUUUAAGCACAAUAUAAGAGCUAAAGUCUGCUAUAUUAAAUGCACAUCCCUAAAAAAAUUAGUCUAUUGUCUAAUGCUGCUAUUAAAUAUAUGUGCCAAAUGGAAAUCUAGUGGUAAGAAGCAAAAAACAUACUAUCGUAAAUAUGAUGGCCCUUUAGCAAUUGAAAGGUUAAAAGGCUGCAUGUCUAUUUCUUAUGUGCAGUAUCAUUCAAUAAUAAAUAUCCAGUAUAUAAAUAUUACAUUGAUAGUAUUUUACAUGAUGAGCUGCAGUUGAUUUAUAAAGCAAAUACUGAAAUAAAUGCAGUGGGUAAAUAAUGGUUCUCUGAAUAAAUGUUUAUGGAAGUACAAAAAGCACGUUGCCUAGAUUUUAUUUUUGUUUUAACUCUUUGUAAGAUUAUUCUGACUUCAGUUGACUCUGUGUUUAUCUUUGUAUGUGAGUGACAUAUUGUAGCAUGCAAGUAAGCAUUUCAUUGUGCUACUGUGCAUAUGACGAUAGACUUAAGCUGAAGAAAAUUGCAUACAAAAUCUAAAAGAAAGGAAAAAAACUGUGCUGUGUUAAAGUUGAGACUUGCUCUAUUGUGUGUAGCAUUCAUCCUCUCAUAUUAUUAGUGAGAAUGAAUGACAUAUAGUAGCUGCAUAAAGAAAUGCAGAUUUUGCAGUGAUCUACUGAAAGUAGGCCUAAGGAAGCAAUACUGUUAAACAGAUCUAUUAAAUGCACUUAAGAUAAAUAUAUAUUUUUGUAUAUAAGAAAAUACUUUGUGAAUAGACUUUAGUAAGUGUUGUUUCAGGGUUUGUAAUUUAAAAUUCGGCUAUAAUGAUUUUAACCUGCAAUAGAAUAAAAUGGUAGGUGACACUGUUGAAAAUGCAUAAUGCUGUGAUAAAAUUUUGAGUUAAGGAAAAAAAUCAACUGUUAAAUUGUGCACUAUUCAGUUCACUGUACUGCUAUUAAAAGCGGCAUUUGAUCUUGUACACAUUUUAUUAAUGAGUAGAUUAAUGCAUAUUUUAUGCAGAGUUUUGAAAGACUGGUUUUAUAAAUUUGAAAUCACCUAAUACUUGGUGAGAUGCUGCAGGAAGAUUAAAAUUCAACAGAAAAUAUAUAUGUUAAAAUUUUUUUAAAUUUAAAUCAUGGAUGUUUUACAAAACGUGACUCAGUUAGUUAUCAUUUUUUAAAAUAAACCCAUCAAGUGACAAUCACAUUUUUCCUGUUGAGUUAUAAAUAUGUAGUCAUUACAUUUACAAUUAAAGAAAAGCUCACAGUUGCUCAUAAAUGUAACACACAAGUUUUUUCAUUUUAUGUUUGAUUGAGUGUACUCUGUAAUACAGUAUCUCUGGAUAGAUUUUCUGCCUUACACAUGGUGCUAGCAAGAUAGGCUGUAACCCCUGUAACCCUGUAUUGUGAUAAGCACGUUCUGAAAGUUAAUAUUUACGUAUUUUUCUAAAUAGUGUGUCAGCUUGGAACUAUAAGUGCAGAAAAUAAUUUGCUCCUGUAAAUGUUUGGCCAGUAAAGCUGAACUGUUUCUUCAAGAUGUACCACACACUAAAAUCCCACUGAAAAUAAAAUGAUCCAUCCACCUUCCACAUCUGCUAUGUCCAUUUCAGGCUUAUGUGGAGACAGGAAUACCAGUCUAUUGCACACCCUCAUUCAUUGAAACUAGGGCAAUGUAUAGACUCCACUUAAUCAAAAAUGUGUGUUUUUGGAAUGUAGGAGUAAACAGGAGUACCUAGAGAAAAAUCCUCACAGAUGUGGGUGUACCAAGAGAACAGGUGAAAAUAUUGAAACUGUUAGCCUUAAGUGGCUGAUUAUUCAAAGGGCUACAUCUUGGUGUGUUGAUUAUAACAAGACAUCAUUUUAAUGAACACAAUUGUUUUAUUGAACAUUUAUACUUGUCAUCUGCAUUAGAAACUAUUUUAUAUUAUUUCUUACUAGCCCUUUGCAAUUUUGCGAUGCUGUGCUUGAUUCAUCUGCUUUAGAAAUCAUUUUCUUCUUGCACAGAAAUGAUUUGUUAAAUAUUUUUAGAAAGACACAUGUAGGGCUGAAGAUGCUCAGGUACUUAAGUGUUAAAACCCAUUAUAUUGCUUGCCAUAAAGAUCAUUUCUGUAUUAUUACUCUGUUGUUAAUGUGUAACACUUCCACUUCACUUUUUAAAACAUGGAUAUUAAGCAUUCUCUAAGAAAUCUAUGGUCUAACUUUCUUUUCAGGAUUGCUUAUCAUCUUCAACGUUUGUGAUUUGAUGCAGUAGAGCAACUGACAAAUGCUGCUUGACGUUCAUAAAAAAUGUAUAGUGCCUGAUUGAUUUGCAUAGUAAUAUGUCAUCUACAGUACAUGUUUAAAAAAAACAAAAGAAAUAUUUUGCUGCAUAUAGUUUUGUCAUAGACUAUCAAUUUGUUAAGACUGCUGCUUCACAACAGUUUUUGAAUCCUGGCCCACUCACUAUGUAGAGUUUGUAUGUUUUUUCACAUCUGUGUGUGUUUUAGGUUUUCCUCCCACAUCCUAUAAAGACAUGUAGGGCUGGACAGCAAUUGACUAGAAACUGGCACUGUGUGAGUGAAUAUGAAAUGUGCACAGAAGUGUUUUAUUAUGAUUUUUUUUUUAUUUUAAUGAGAUUAGUUGUAACAUGAACAGUGCACAACAUAGUUAAUUGCAACCAUAUACCUUACCCAGGUCAGGUGAUCAAGUAAGUUAAUGGAUGGUGUUGCUGAAAUUAGAUUUAGCUAGCUAUAGUUAAAUGCACUUUCGAUAUACUUACACACUUAACACUUCAUUAUAAAAUAUCCAGUUCAAUGGCAUAUAAUUUCAAUUGUAUUUCAUUUUAUGUGCAAACGCACAUGUAAGUUUAUGCUAACAUAGUUAUUUGGCAAUGGUUCCUUUCUAUUUCUGCAUUAAAAUGAAAAGAGCCUAGUACAUCUGGGUCAUUGAAUUUCAAAUCUUAGAGUCUAAUUUAAUCAGAAAAUUAAAUUGUGAUAUCAAGGACUACUUUAAAAUGCUUUGAAUUCUGAACUGUUUUGGGCUUCAUUUACAAAGACGUGUAACAUGUUAUUUAAUCAUUACUUAAAAAACAUGCAGUAUUUAAAAUCUACAGUAUGUACUUGUUUUGGUGUUUGUUAAAUUUAACUUUUAUUCUUUAUAUAAUAUAGUGCUAUUCACUAAAAACAGGUUGAAGCCCUGUAUAAGAGAAAAAUAUAUCAUGGUACCAGAUUUUCAUACACAAACACAUCUACAGUGCAUCUGGAAAGUAUUCACAGCGCAUCACUUUUUCCACAUUUUGUUAUGUUACAGCCUUAUUCCAAAAUGGAUUAAAUUCAUUUUUUCCCUCAGAAUCCUACACACAACACCCCAUAAUGACAACGUGAAAAAAGUUUACUUGAGAUUUUUGCAAAUUUAUUAAAAAUAAAAAAAUUGAGAAAGCACAUGUACAUAAGUAUUCACAGCCUUUGCCAUGAAGCUCAAAAUUGAGCUCAGAUGCAUCUUGUUUCCCCUGAUCAUCCUUGAGAUGUUCCUGCAGCUUAAUUGGAGUCCACCUGUGGUAAAUUCAGUUGAUUGGACAUGAUUUGGAAAGGCACACACCUGUCUAUAUAAGGUCCCACAAUUGACAGUUCAUGUCAGAGCACAAACCAAGCAUGAAGUCAAAGGAAUUGUCUGUAGACCUCCGAGACAGGAUUGUCUCGAGGCACAAAUCUGGGGAAGGUUACAGAAAAAUUUCUGCUGCUUUGAAGGUUCCAAUGAGCAUAGUGGCCUCCAACAUCCGUAAGUGGAAGAAGUUCGAAACCACCAGGACUCUUCCUAGAGCUGGCUGGCCAUCUAAACUGAGCGAUUGGGGGAGAAGGGCCUUAGUCAGGGAGGUGACCAAGAACCCAAUGGUCACUCUGUCAGAGCUCCAGAUGUCCUCUGUGGAGAGAGGAGAACCUUCCAGAAGGACAACCAUCUCUGCAGCAAUCCACCAAUCAGGCCUGUAUGGUAGAGUGGCCAGACGGAAGCCUCUCCUUAGUAAAAGGCACAUGGCAGCCCACCUGGAGUUUGCCAAAAGGCACCUGAAGGACUUUCAGACCAUGAGAGAGAAAAUUCUCUGGUCUGAUGAGACAAAGAUUGAACUCUUUGGUGUGAAUGCCAGGCGUCAUGUUUGGAGGAAACCAGGCACCGCUCAUCACCAGGCCAAUACCAUCCCUACAGUGAAGCAUGGUGGUGGCAGCAUCAUACUGUGGGGAUAUUUUUCAGUGGCAGGGACUGGUAGACUAGUCAGGAUAAAGGGAAAGAUGACUUCAGCAAUGUACAGCGACAUCCUGGAUGAAAACCUGCUCCAGGGCGCUCUUGACCUUAGACUGGGGCGACGGUUCAUCUUUCAGCAGGACAACGACCCUAAGCACACAGUCAAGAUAUCAAAGGAGUGGCUUCAGGACAACUCUGUGAAUGUCCUUGAGUGGCCCAGCCAGAGCCCAGACUUGAAUCUGAUUGAACAUCUCUGGAGAGAUCUUAAAAUGACUGUGCAACGACGCUUCCCAUCCAACCUGAUGGAGCUUGAGAGGUGCUGCAAAGAGGAAUGGGCAAAACUGGCCAAGGAUAGGUGUGCCAAGCUUGUGGCAUCAUAUUCAAAAAGACUUGAGGCUGUAAUUGUUGCCAAAGGUGCAUCAACAAAGUAUUGAGCGAAGGCUGUGAAUACUUAUGUACAUGGGAUUUCUCAGUUUUUUUAUUUUUAAUAAAUUUGCAAAAACCUCAAGUAAACUUUUUUCACGUUGUCAUUAUGGGGUGUUCUGUGUAGAAUUCUGAGGAAAAAAAUGAAUUUAAUCCAUUUUGGAAUAAGGCUGUAACAUAACAAAAUGUGGAAAAAGUGAUGCGCUGUGAAUACUUUCCGGAUGCACUGUAUUUAGUUGAAUAAACAGUCAUUAGUCAAUCAUACUCAAGCCCAAGACAGGGAUGAGUGGGCCAGAGCCUAUUCUGGCAGCAUUGGGCCGAGGCAGGGAACAACUCUGGACAAGGCUAGUCCAUCACAAGCCCCACUCACACACACAUAUUCACUCUUGCUGGGGCCAGUUAGGUUUUGUCAGUCAGCUUAAUCUGUACUUCCCUGGGAUAUGGAAGAGUAACUGGAGUAUCUGGAAGAAAACCCAAUGAUAAAUUAUACAUAAAUACAUAUUUAUUUGUUAACUAGGGGCUUUGCUGCCAGCUUGCUUUGCUCGCCCAAUGGCAUGCUAUGCGCCAGCCACUUCAAGUCUCUGCCCCUCGCGUUGUGAAGUGGGGCUGAACGCACACUAAGGAGAUGCAGUCUGAUCAGCUGCUGGCUUGCUGCUGCUGCUGCCGAGCUGCAUGUUCUGCUUGUCACACUGCGCAUCUAUCAUUUAAACACCUGUACAGCAGCUGUCCUUUAAUCUCACUGCCUUGUCUCACAGGUCGCUAGAUCGUCUCUCAUUGGACUUUAAAGUGUCUCCGAGAAAAUCACGUAUCGUCUCCAUCCAAGCCUUCCAAGAUUUUUUUUUAUAAUAGAGAGAAAUGGUCUAGGCAUCAUACUUACAGAAGAAUGAAACAAGAGAGAUGGCCAGUUGGCAAAAGAUUAGAGGAAAAACAAACACAGCACAUCUGGAGAGAACAAUUCACAGUCCUUUAUAACAUACAACCUUACAGAUCUACUGACCUACAUCAGUUUAUCACCUCUCUCUCCUUCUGGCAUCCUAAAACAUCAGCUAAGGUUUCCAGUCACAAUGAAGUCUCUUUCUUUGAACAUGAGCUGCACCUUAGCAAAGCAGCAGGAUACAAAGCAGAAGAACAGUGUUAGAUGGUAACUAAUAAACUUUGAGUGUACAGUAGACUACAGUAGUGAGUCUUCAGUCUGAAUUUAAAUGCUGGGAUUCAACAGAUUAUUUGAGGACCUAUAGCAGCUAAAGGUUAUACCUCCUGUAGUGGAUUUGUGUGCUGUAUCAUUGGAAUUUUUAGAAGACCAAUAUCUUGAGAAUGUUACAUAUGCUUUGGAAUGUAUGUAUUAACAAGUUUUAUUAAUUACGAAGGAAGAUUAAUCCAGUAACAGGAGAAUUUUCAAAUUGGCCUGAACUUAUCUGGAAGCCAAUGUAGAAACAUAAGAAAAUGAGUUAUGCGGCUAUAUUUCCUAGUACCAAAAAUAAUCUUUGUGGCAGCAUUGUUACAUUCCUACAGACUUUAGAUUGAGUGGUUUUAAGAGCUUGAAUAGAGCAAUGUAGUUGUUAAUUCUCUGUGAUGUAAAAAGCAUACAUGAACUUUACAGCAACUGAUUUAGCUGGCAUUUUUUGAUAAAUGACAUACAAAUUAGUACAAGAUAAAUGAUGCAAGCACCUAUAAAAACACUAACACACUAGUUCUUUGUCAAAAUGACCACAUAAGUGUAACUGAACAAGAUAUAAGAAAAAAAUGAAUACAUUAAAGCUGUUAAAAUAAUAUGGCAAGUAAAUACAAUUAGAUGAAGUCACAUUACAAGUGCUGUAGUGGAGUAAGGCAUGGGUUUCUGUAAUGUGGGAUUUCUGGAAAUGUUACAUGUUGAGAGUUUAAAUAAUAUCUAAAGAGGACCUAGCAGUUCUGAUUGUAACAGAAAAGCAUUUGCAUGAUGUGGUCUUUAGAUGACAUGUGGAGGCUGACUUUAUUGACCUGACUGGUACACACUGCAUAUUGCUAGUCUUAUAAAGUUUACAUUCAGAUAUCUGUGUAUUGACUCCCAUUAAAAGCCCUCAAGUAGCAUUCAAAGAAUAAUGCAGAGUGGGAAUGAAUCCAAGAUACUGUACAUUAAGGCAGCAUCAAACACUUCAAAAUGUCAGAGCUAAUGUUUGGAGCUGUUGAUUCUCUGCUGCAACUGUCAUGAGGGACCUUUAAAUUACUUUUAAUUAUGAAACCAAAGCUUUACUGUAAUACAUUAUGAUUAUAUGUCCAGAGGAGAAUGCCACCAAACAUGCUGGGGAAUAUGAGAUUGAACAAAUUUGAACACAUUCCAAAAUAAGGCAAUAGACAGACUAAACUGAAUAUGUUCCUGGGCAUUUUAUAGUUUAGUACAAGUGAAUUUUUUUAUGCAAAGGACCUUUACUGUUAUAUACUGUAUGAGGUAACCCAAUAAUAUAUGUUAAUCUGUAAUUCUGUUAUUUAGCAUCACUUAUUGAAAAACCACAGCAGUUAGAAAUAGGAGAUUAUUAAAGAAAUAACCCAAGGGAAAGGCAACGCAGGAAAACUUGAAAGAAGAGUAGAAAAUAAAGUUACAGAAGUUAUUCUGUAUGGAAUUCACAGCAUAGCAAGAUGGAACAGCCCAGUUAGGAAAGUGGUAAAAGCUCUCAUAAAAAUCGAACGCAACUCACUGAUAAAAGAAUAGUGAAUGGUAAAUGGAAGAAAGUGACGCUGAGAAUUGGAAGGCUAACAGAUUAAUGGUUUAGAACUGGCAGGGUCUCACAUGAGGUGUUGUCUCUGUACAUUUAAAUAAAAUGCUGUGCAUAUGUUUAUCAGAAUGGUGUUUAGUUUACUGCUCUUUAUUCUGGAAUUAUAUUUUAUAGUAGACUACUCACCAAUCCAUGCUUUUUAAUGUUUUACAGUUUUAAUCUAACUUGCACAAUAUCAAUUUGCAUGGUGGUAUUUUGUUAACUUAUUAUAUUUAAGAACAGAGGGACACAUUCUUUUUAAUUCAGAAUGUAAUGAAAUUAUGCUGUUUCAUUAUCCAGGCAUGUAUGCCAUUAUGGAAAAUAUUCAAUAUUUGUUUAUACUGUAUUUGUUUUUCAAAAUACCUGACUUCAUGAAAACAUUUUAAAAAAUAAAUUGAUGGUUAAAAAUG